UCCCUUGCUUCCAAAACGGGUGGCCUCCCAAUUCGUGGGAGAAGCCGUACCCCUUGGAGACCCCGGGCUCUGUAAAGCUGAGGAAGUGGAGAGGCUGGCGGCCAUGCGUUCUGACUCGCUGGUCCCUGGUACGCACACCCCACCUAUCCGGAGGAGGAGUAAGUUUGCCAACCUGGGAAGGAUUUUCAAGCCUUGGAAAUGGAGGAAGAAGAAAAGUGAAAAGUUCAAGCACACAUCAGCAGCUCUGGAAAGGAAGAUAUCGAUGAGGCAGAGCAGAGAGGAGCUGAUCAAGAGAGGGGUCUUGAAGGAAAUCUAUGAUAAAGAUGGCGAGCUCUCUAUUUCGAAUGACGAUGACUCCCUGGAGAAUGGACAGUCCCUGAGCUCCAGCCAACUGUCUUUGCCUGCCCUGUCAGAAAUGGAGCCUGUACCAAUGCCCAGGGACCCCUGCUCGUUUGAGGUGCUCCAAGCUUCAGAUAUCAUGGACGGACCAGUGUCUCAAGAGAGUCCCUCUGCCAGUGAGUCUGGAGUCCUCCUGUCCCAAGAUCCUUCAGCCAAACCAGUUCUGUUCCUGCCCCCCAAAAAACCUGCUGCUUUCUCUGGAGACCAUGAGGAGACCCCAGUGAAGCAGUUGCCCCUUCUCAAGCAGCCCCCGGCCCUGCCUCCCAAACCCACUGCCAGGAUUGCCAACCACUUAACAGAUCCUGGCGCCCCUGUGAAAUUGCCUUGUCUGCCAGUGAAACUGUCGCCUCCGCUACCUCCAAAGAAAGUCCUGAUCUGUAUGCCUGUCGGGGGGCCGGAGCUCUCCCUGGCAUCCUACGCAGCCCAGAAGAGCAGCCAGCAGGCCGUGGCCCAGCACCACCACACUGUCCUGCCAUCCCAGAUGCAGCACCAAUUGCAGUAUGGCAGCCAUGGCCAGCACCUCCCGUCCUCUACCGGCACCUUGCCCAUGCACCCCUCAGGCUGCAGGAUGAUCGAUGAGCUGAACAAGACACUUGCUAUGACCAUGCAGAGGCUGGAAAGCUCCGAGCAGCGAGUCCCCUGUUCCACUUCUUACCACAGCUCUGGUUUGCACUCGAGCGACAGUGUCACAAAAGCAGGACCCAUGGGCCUUCCGGAAAUAAGACAAGUGCCAACCGUUGUGAUCGAAUGCGACGACAAUAAAGAGAAUGUGCCUCAUGAGUCCGACUAUGAAGACUCAUCCUGCCUGUACGCCCGGGAGGAGGAGGAAGAGGAGGAGGAGGAUGACGACGAUGCUUCAUUGUACACCAGCUCUCUGGCCAUGAAGGUCUGCAGGAAGGAUUCCUUAGCCAUCAAACUCAGCAACAGGCCCUCGAAGCGAGAGCUGGAGGAGAAGAACAUCCUCCCCAGACAGACUGAUGAGGAGAGGUUGGAGCUCAGACAGCAGAUUGGCACCAAGCUCACCAGGCGGCUGAGCCAGAGACCCACCGCAGAGGAACUGGAACAGAGGAACAUUCUGAAGCCUCGGAAUGAACAAGAAGAGCAGGAGGAGAAGCGUGAAAUCAAGAGGAGGCUGACUCGCAAGCUCAGUCAAAGGCCCACGGUGGAAGAACUUCGCGAGAGGAAGAUCCUCAUCCGCUUCAGUGAUUAUGUGGAGGUGGCAGAUGCCCAGGACUAUGACCGCAGAGCAGAUAAGCCAUGGACGCGACUCACAGCUGCGGACAAGGCUGCCAUUCGGAAGGAGCUCAAUGAGUUUAAAAGCACUGAAAUGGAAGUCCACGAGUUAAGUAGACACUUGACAAGGUUUCAUCGACCUUAACAGUGGGAUUACUCUCGAGUGCUCUGCUGUCUUCAAAACAUAAAUUUAUAAGAACCAUAAGUGCUGGCAUUUGUCCACUUCCCCAUUACGAUGUAAAUCUGAACUGCCUUUUUUUAUAAAAAAUGAAAAAGAAAAAGAAAAGAAAAAAAGGAGAAGAAGAAACAACAAAGGGAAACAAUCAGGAUUCUGUGUGCAGGAAACACCAUGGUGACCACUCCUCAGUCAAAGCUGCUGGCACUUCUGCUACGGAGAGGUGUCCCCGCCCCCAGCAGGGCCCUACCUGAACACUGUCCAGAGACUGCCUCACCUGCCCCCAGCCGGCCAGCAGGCACCACAUUGGUUCAGUCUUCAGUGAACCCUUCCUUGCAAGGGACUGUUGCCUGAGUUCAAAGAAGCCCAGGGCAGCGGGUUUGGCAUGGGUGUGGCUAGGCCAAAGUCAUGAUUCAGCGGACAUAAACUCUGUUGGUCGCAUAGGCUCCCCGUGGGGCAUUGAGAGGGUCUGGAAAGGGGAAAGACCUCUCAGUUGCCCCGCCCCCCGACACACACACACACACACACACACACACACACACAGAGCCUUGUCCUGGGGAAGCCUGUACUGGCCUUUGGUCCUGAGCAUGUGUGCUCUCUGUAUAGGAAGCUGAAACUGAGCAUCUGCUUUGACCCCCAGCCGGAACUGAACUGCCUUCCAAAAGACUGAGGAAUAGUGGCUGCCUGCUCGGUUCUCAUUCGUUGACCAGCUUGUGUUUGGAAAGCCCAGUGCCAUGGGCGAUCCACACAGAAAUGCCAUUGCUAAGGUUCCCUGCGGUAUUCAUGAGUAUGAGCUGAGCUGAGGCUGGGUGGGGUCAGGAGCUCCACUUGGCCCCCAUUUUUCAUUGGCCUUGUGACACCCCUGGGACAGGAUGAUGUGG